ACAACAUCGACCCAGUACUCACUCCAAUGAGGGUCACUCCUCGCUACGAUGGCGGACUCCAGGCCGACCGCGGCCCAGAACUCACUGGAACCACAACAGCACUGUUGGUCCUCGCGACCGUUUUUGUCGGGUUGCGCUUCUGGGCCCGUUAUACGGUGAGGUACGAGCUCGGCCUCGACGAUUUGACUGUCAUGCUCGCCCUCGUCUUUGCCUUCAUCACUGGAGCUAUCAACUAUAGCAUGAUAACCCAAGGGCUCGGUCGCCAUGCGUCGACGCUGCCGUUGGAUCAGCUCACGCUGUUUUUCAAGCUACUCUUGGCGUUCGAGUGUAUAUAUGUCACGAGCAUUACGCUUGUUAAGCUAUCGCUGCUGGUCAUGUACAAACGCAUUUUCCCCGGCCGCACUUUUCGACUCGCUUCCAUUGCGCUCGGCUCCGUUAUUAUCGGGUGGUGGAUUUCCAUCGUAGCCGUGUCGGUGUUCCAGUGUAAACCCAUUUCCAAGGCCUGGCUGCCUUCGAUCGAGGGUACAUGUAUUAAUCUCAAGGCCUCAUUCAUUGGCAAUGCGGUCCCCAAUAUCCUGACCGAUAUUGGCAUCCUUUGCCUGCCGAUGACUCAAGUCUGGCACUUGAAGGUUACGUGGGCCCAAAGAAUAUCUCUCUGUGCUAUGUUCUUACUAGGAGGAUUCGUUCUCUUCGCGAGCAUAUAUCGCUUCACAACCAUUAUGCAAUUCUCCACAGCUGAUACGACAUGGACCCUCGCCACCGCCUGUACAUGGUGCGUCGUCGAAGUAGCCUGCGGUGUCAUUAGCGCUUGUCUACCAACCCUCCGCCCACUCAUGAUGAAGAUCUCAACACAAUUCGGCAGCAUAUCGCGCAAGACGGGUCUCUACUCAGGCGCCCGCAGCGGUCUACAAGGGAGCCAGGCCAUUACUGAGCUCAGGACUUUGGGAGGCGGAACAGGUGUGGCUAGUGGGACUAAGCAAUCCAAGCAGUUCACGCGCAUCGAAGAUGAGGAAAAGUACGGCGUCACGACGGUAGCUAAGGCUGAAGGGGGCCCGCGACCAAGCUAUCUGGAUAAGUCUGGGUCGGUCACGCCAAAUAGUGGGAUAAGGAUACAGGUUGAUAGGCAGUUGCAGUGGUCAGAAAAGGUGGUGGACCAGGGACCCCAUUGA